AUGACUGACAUAUCGCGAUUGAAACGGCAACGAGGUUACAUUCAAGCCACCGUAACGAAUUUGAAGAAAUAUCUUGACCAAGCCGAUGUAUAUCCUUCCACUCAUAAUCUACAUCUCAUACAAUCUAUGCUAGAUACCGCGGUAAAGGCAUUUGAAAAAUUUUCAUCUAUCCAAAAUAGUCUAGAGCAGUUGGACGAAAAAGAAAUUGAUAAUCGGAUAGCAUAUGUUCAGAAUUACACUGUUGAACGUUUAUGUGCACUUAAACUGAUCGACGAAUUAAGUCCAGCUUCGGUUAAUAUCGUUAAUCAACCGCAGCCUGUUGCGACGACAGUGGUUGAAACCAAGGCCGCAGUCACUCUACCGGCUAUUACACUACCCUCCUUUGAUGGAACUCCGGAAAAAUGGACCGCAUUUUACGGAUUGUUUUUAACAUUAAUUGACCAAGAGAAUCUUCCGAAUGUCAAAAAGUUAAAUUACCUCCGAGCAUCAUUAACCGGAAAAGCAGCAAGAACAAUUGAGUCGUUGGAAUUUACCGACGGAAACUACGCGGUCGCGUUGAAAAUCCUGAAAGAAAAAUAUGAAAAUGUACGUCGUAUGACACAACGUCAUUGGGCUAUUUUGCGAGAGUAUCCACGAUUAGCAAAAGACACUCCAACGGCUAUUAAUGAUCUAAUAGAUGUCUUUUCUCAGCAUACGCGAGCCUUAGAGAAUUUAAAGGCACCGGUAUCAUUUUGGGAUAUACCAAUAAUAGACUUAAUACUUUUCAAACUGAAUUCUAAUACGGCCUGGCAGUGGGAAUUGACUUUAAACGAUCAAACAAUUCCUGCGUAUCAAGAUUUAUUAAAAUUUUUGGGUAGAAGAGCUAACUGUGCGGACACUAUGCAACAUGACAACAAUCAACGGAAAGAAACCUCGCGAUCCCACCCUCAAAGUCUUUUUACUCACUCUAACAAUCAAUUUUAUCGUCCAUCCCAUGCACGCAACGGUGAUGGUCGAUCUUCUUCUUGCAAAGAGCCUCAUCUAUUGUACACCUGCAUGAAGUUUAAGAGUCUAACAGUGGAAGAACGACGCAAGAUCGUAUCAGAGGCCCAUCUCUGCUUUAAUUGUUUUGGUAGAGGACAUGGAAGCGCAGCUUGUAAUUCACAAAUGACGUACAGAAAAUGUUUUAAGCGACAUAAUACUCUACUGCAUCUUCAACAACAUUACCCUGCAACCGAACUUUCUCAGUAUAAUCAAUCCAAUCCGAACGAAAAUCGGAAAACCACACUUGUGUUAAAUGCCAUGUCUAAUGAUAUUAUGGUCACUGCUGUCCUCGAUGUGUUGGACAAGGACAGAAGACCUAUUCAAUGUAGGGGUCUGCUAGAUACCUGCUCUACUACUAAUUUCAUCACUCAACGUCUAGCCGACAUAUUGAAGCUACCUAAGACUACAUGUAAUAUACCAAUAGGAGCUCUAAACUCCAUGACUACCUACUGCAACAAAUUAACUACCGCAACGAUUAAGUCACGAAUUAAUAAUUAUAAAAAAACCCUUACGUUUUUAAUAGUACUAGAUAUUUCACACGUCGUACCAGAUCAACCUAUUCAACGAAAUUUGAUAAAGAUUCCAGGAAAUAUUAAGUUAGCAGAUCCUAAUUUCCAUAAACCAGCUCCAGUAUAUAUGUUACUUGGAGCCGGGACCACUCUGUCAUUAUUGUCAAUCGGACAAAUCAAAUUAACAUUACCAUAUCAACAAGAAAUGUUACUCCAGAAGACUCUUCUCGGGUGGAUUAUCGGUGGAUCAGCUCCAGCAAGCAAACCAAUCCAAUCCAAAUGUCAUGUCACCGCCACCUUUCAUGAGUUUGACUUAGAAAAAUUUUGGAAAGUAGAAGAGUGCCUAUCCUUUAACAAAUUUACGAACGAUGAAGAAGAAUUUGAACAACAUUUUCGUAAACAUAUCGACAGAGAUUCUGACGGACGUUACAUCGUCGCUCUGCCUUUCAAACCUCAUAGCCCAAAAUUGGGAAAAUCAUAUCAUUUAGCUCUCAAAAGAUUUGAAAACACCGAAAGAAGAUUAAGCAAAACUUCAGGACAAACAGAAGCGUACAACGGAAUUUUAAAUGACUGCCUGAAGCAGAAUCACAUGUCACAUAUACAAUGUAAUCCAACAGAUAUAGAGAGCUAUUAUUUACCACACCAUGCAGUUAUUAAAGAAACCAGUAUGACUACUAAACUACGAGUAGUUUUUGAUGGCUCCUUCAAAAUUACAACCGGAGUUUCCUUGAAUGACGUUCUGUACACUGGUCCUACGAUUCAACCUGACCUCUGUACUACAUUAUUAAGAUUCCGUUUACAUCCUAUAGUAAUUACUAGAGAUUUAAAACGAAUGUAUCUACAAUUUUUAGUAAGAAAACAAGACUAG